AUGACAGGCGUGGCGAUUAAGAUAAUAGACGUCGAGCAAGGCAAGAAGGACUACGUGAUGAAGAACCUGACGAGGGAGGCGAAGGUCUUGUCAAUGCUGCAGCAUCCGAGCAUCGUGAGACUCUACGAAACUAUCCGGUACGGAUCUGUGUACUAUCUCGUGACGGAACUCGCGACCGGCGGCGACCUGUGCACACACAUUAAGGAGCAGCCGGCCGGUAAACUGGACGAGAACACGGCGAGGCUCUAUGCCAGACAGCUGGUCGCCGCGCUCAAGCACAUGCACUCGAAAGGAGUCGUUCACCGAGAUCUUAAAAUGGAGAACAUCGUAUUGCAAGACGAACGCAAGGAACAGAUCAAGAUAGUGGAUUUUGGUCUCAGCAAUAUUUAUGCCAGCGAUGAUCCUCUACGAACGCACUGCGGAUCUCCGGAGUAUGCUGCUCCCGAACUCUUUGUCGUAGGUAAACGAUACGGACCGGAAGUAGAUUUGUGGAGUCUAAUGGCGAAAAAUAAUUUACGAAAUGAUACAUCCGGAAACUCUGACAAUAUCGAUGGUAUAAUCGUCAUGCGACACAACCAGGUGCAAGAUCGAUCAGUCAAAAAAUCUUCAUUACACGGUUCUACGACGUGGAACUGGCGAUGCCGCUCCGGAAACGAAAAUCACUCUUCCGAGGAACGAAGAAAUUACGGGAUUCGUUACGAUACCAUGAAUACCAUGUCUUUAACGCCCCAGCAAUGUCGUGUGCCGCAAAUUACAAAAACUCAGGGCGAUAAGCUUUCAGAUCGACGAUUGUACAGGAGAGUUUUCAUAAAAAGAUACUUGCUCCACCAUGGCGAUGUCGAAUUGGUAGUGCAAGAAUUAAAAGAGAUACAUGAAGCUAUAAAAGACGCCUUUAGAACGAAGUAUGCAAAAUGGCAAAUAGAAAUCCGGUGA